AUGACUUUCUUCGGGCUUGAGAUGAAUCCAAGCCCAGAGGAGUGGAACGCCACAAUACCCCUGCACCUGCGAUACCUGCCCCCCUCCGAGUCCGGCUACCGCUCCGCUGCGCUUCCAUGGCCGAUCGUCUUCUGGGCGGGCACGGCGGAAGAUGGUACCAAGAUGGGUGUCAAUCCGUUUGAUCGGGUGAAUCUCGGCUGGGAGGGCUUGUUCGGCCCCCGGACGAUGUUCUAUCAAUUACACCCGGCGCCGGCGGAGGGCAUAGAUUGCAGGAGAAACCCUUUCCUGUAG